UCAGCCAUCAGCACGUCCUCUGCAACCACGUGGUUAUCAUAGCAACUCGAGCAUGAAGCGUGCGCAUCGAAGGGACGAGGCGCUUUUCGCGGUCGCCCUGGAAGCAGCACUGCGCUGUGGAUGUUUAUUAUUUUCCAGUCAGUGUUAUUAAAGUGUGCAUAGAACCCUAGGAAAAUGUGCUAAAAACAAUUCGACGAUCCUAUUUUCUAUAAACACCGUAUUCGGAUCUCGAAACUGCCUAGAAAUUGAUUGACAAUUUGCAUAGGUGGCAAAAUAUAUAGGUACAGGAUCUGGAGCGUGACUGGGAUUGUAGAGUGUGCAUAAAUUUCGCCUCGCAAUUCUGUGGCUUUCGCGUGACCCGGACUGCAUAAAUAACUGGAGCAUCGUUCCAGUUAUCGUUUGUAGACAAAUAGUAAAGCGUUUCUCAAACUGCUAUGGAUGUCAACCUGCUGGUGGCAAUGAGCUAAACUUAUAAGGCGGCUCGCCAAGAUCUAAACACACUGGCGUUCAGGAUUCUAAAAUUACACUCAUGGAAAGUCUGACCUGACAUCUAAGAAUGUACCUUCUUUUCCAUACGGACCGGAAAUUAGAUCAUUGCGUGCCUCUCCCUCUUGACAGGGCGUUCGGAGCGAUUUGAACAUUGCGGUUGCUGGGUUUGCCAUAUAGAGCUGAGUAGAUGUCAACUUCAGAACCCAAACGUGUUUCAACCAAUUUGGCCACCAUUUACGGCAGAAUCGCCGCAGGACACGAACGGAUGAAGAUAUGUUUCUGUACGGAUUUGGACAAAUCGGUACUGAUCAACAACUUCGAGAAGCGUGGAUGGGUUCAAGUGUCGGCCGAUGAUGAUUGGAACUUCUACUGGGCCGGGACGGGUACAUGUCGGAAUAUUUUCAGCGUGGACAGCGGCUAUCGGAUGCAUGAUAACCAGCUGAUCAAUCACUUUCCGAACCACUAUGAGCUGUCGCGGAAGGAUUUACUGGUGAAAAAUAUCAAACGCUACAGAAAGGACUUGGAACGAGAUGGAAAUCCUUUGGCUGAGAAGACGGAAGUGAACAUACCCGGAGGAUCAAAGUAUUUGUACUUGGAUUUCAUUCCGGUUACAUUUGUUCUCCCGGCAGAUUAUAACAUGUUUGUUGAGGAGUACCGCAAGAACCCACAAAGCACAUGGAUUAUGAAGCCGUGCGGAAAAUCACAAGGCGCUGGCAUAUUUCUAAUCAAUAAGCUAUCGAAGCUGAAGCGAUGGUCGCGGGAGGCGAAGACAUCAUUUCAUCCACAAAUUGGAAAGGAGAGCUACGUAAUUUCCAGAUACAUCGAGAAUCCCCUUCUUAUCGGCGGUAAAAAGUUCGACCUUCGUCUAUACGUGCUGGUCACCUCGUUCCGACCUCUCAAGGCAUAUCUCUUCCGGUUGGGUUUCUGUCGGUUCUGCACGGUAAAAUAUGACACCAGUGUGACCGAACUGGACAACAUGUACGUCCACUUGACCAACGUCAGCGUUCAAAAACAUGGCGGUGAAUACAAUAAUCAUCACGGCGGAAAGUGGAGUGUCCAAAAUCUACGGCUCUUCCUGGAGGGAACCCGUGGCAAAGAGGUCACCGACAAGCUGUUCGGAUCCAUCACGUGGCUGAUCGUACACUCGCUGAAGGCCGUAUCCAGCGUGAUGGCCAGCGAUCGGCAUUGUUUCGAGUGCUACGGUUAUGACAUUAUCAUCGACAACACGCUGAAACCUUGGCUGGUGGAGGUCAACGCUUCACCUUCUCUCACAUCGACGACGGCCAACGAUCGGAUACUGAAGUACAAGCUGAUUGAUAAUAUUUUGAAUAUUGUUUUGCCACCGGAUGGAAUCCCAGAUGUUCGGUGGAAUAAGAUUCCCAGUCCGGAUAUGCUCGGCAACUUUGAUCUACUGAUCGAUGAGGAGAUCGCUGCACAGGAUGAAGGCGCCCCCAGCAACAUCGGAAAAAGUAGAUCGAAUAACAAUCGGUGGAAAUGAGAAUAAAUUAAAACGUACGUACAAUUUAUCUUAAUUUUCUUUUUAUUUUUAAUGGUUCAGUUUAAGGACAUUUCCUUUUCUCUUAAAAGUGUUUAUUUUGGUUCUAUUGACAAUCGGUUUGUUUUUAUUUCCAAUGUUUUCUUCGUGUUCAAAUUGGUUGAUUCAAAUGCAAACGCCACCGCGUUGUGCGCGUGGCUCCCAAAAAAUAAACGCGUCUAUCAAUUUGCCCAACUUGGCUUCGUUGAUUGUAUCAAUGACCUAACACUAGUUUUGGUUCCGAAUUUCUCGAUUUUCCUAUAUGCAACUCAAAUGCGGUAGAUUUGCUUUACUUUCGUUAAAUAUUUUCUCUAUAUGCGGUUUUCUUUUGUUAUAUCUGUCUUUCUCGGUACUAUACAAUAAUUGUGCGAACGUUUUCUUAUUUGUCAUUUUUUCCAAAUUUCAAGUCUCACUUCAGAGAAAAGUGUAUUCAGCAGGGGUCUGAACAGUUCAUACUUACCAUUUUCAAUGUCUUGUAAACAUAAAAUUUAUCGGAACUGAUAAGCACAUCUAAUUGAAGCAAGUAGUAGAGGGGGUUUGAAUAGAUUAAAAGUAUCGAAUAUGAAGGGUGUUUAACUAUGAAACUCGCUAGAAUGAGUUGCGGUUCAUGCGUGUAGUAAAUGAAUACCACAGAUAAACCAUAGAAACUAAUAAUAUCGUAGUAAAUAAAAUCUUUUUUUGUCAAUUUAGAUAUGUGUUAAAAUUCAUACAUAAAUAAUUAAUAGUAAACGGUAGUACAACUUAAAAAUGUUUUUUUUUUACAGAUUCAUUUAUUAACGAUGACAUUCAUUUGAUACAGAAAAAAAGUUCAGUACUUCUGAUAAUAAGUUAAUUAAAUAUAACUCCCCAAAGCUCCAAUUUAUUUACACUGUGACAAACAAUUGGUCGGGGUUCUGCAAAAUCGCACCAAGCGCCUUUGGAAAAUCGCUUGAUUUUUCGAUUAAGUUUUAGUGCAGCUAUUCUAAUUGACUACAAAUCAAACCGGAUCUCCCUCAGUCUAUAAUUGCUGAGGAUAGAUAGGUAGAUAGAAAAUGCACGCAUAAAUUGAUACGAAUAUUUUUUCGUUUUAUUUUUACCGCAAAGUAUCGCAAGUUAGUCAGAAGGUGGUGCGGUUUGGUAGAACACCGAUUGUCCGAAAGUAGACUCGAAUACAAAUGCAUUCAUCAUACAUUGAUUCAAAACAACCGUCACAUCCAUUUUUGGACGAUGUAGUAAUCAGAAAUAAUGUUGUACUGUUCAAAAAAAUGUGUGAUAUAAUAAUUUAAAGUGAUCUUAUCGUUUCAGAUACAGAAUCAUUUAAUAAGAGUUAGUAUAUAUUAUGCAAGUCCCAAUGUUCCCUAAAUUAUCGUCUUGUCCUUGUAAAUAUUGUCUCAGCUCAGAUUUCAACCCGUACCUAUAAUUUGGCUCAUAUACCGA